AUGGCGCUCAAGGAUAUGACCUCCGACCUGAAGAAGCUCGAUACUCACAUCGACUCUCUUGAAGAUGCACUCAAGCCCCUGAUUGACAACCUCCCCGAGAUGGCUAACGAGCUCCCCCUGCUCGACAAGGCCAAGAUGUUUGCUCUGACUGCCUACGCCAUCGAGACUCUUCUGUUUUCAUCACUCCGUCUCCAAGGCGUCGACGCCAAGGACCAUCAGGUCAUGACAGAGCUCAAGCGCGUGCAGCAGUACUUUGGCAAGAUCAAGGGCGCAGAAGAGACGCCCGCACAGCGGUCAGCGACGGUCAACACGGAGGCCGCGAUGCGCAUUCUCAAGGCGGAUCUUGGAAGCAAUGACCCGGUGCUGAAGAAGAGGCUGGAGGAGAAGCUGGCCGAGGAGCGGGCCAAGGCGCUGCUCAACUCGAUGCAGAAGACCAAGAGGCCGGCUCCCGAGUCGCCGUCCGCCAGCUCCUCUGGCCCGGAGAAGAAGCAGAGGAACUCAAGACGGAAGAGCUCGAACAAGAAC